AACUAGUGGUGUGAGAUUUGUUGUGUAGACUUGCCCAGAGGAAUUGGGUGUGCGACAUGUUGCUCUCACUACGGUUAAUGUUUGAUCGAUAUCGUAGUUUGGGAUUAUCCUUUCUGUCCGCGAGCAGCAGUGAAUUAAUGUGUGCAUGCACCACUAACUAUGCCUACAGCUUUUACUGAAGCUGGGAGCUAACUAUCUAAACAGAAAUCAACGUUUUUAAGCUGUCAGCCCUGGUGAAGGAAAUCAGCCCUGAUAACUAUCCCACAUCGACACUUGACAGUAGACUUCUGAUCCAAUGACCCCAAGGGAAAGGCUACACUAAUUCAUGCAACAAUGAAAGGUGGAUCUCGAAGAACAAGGAAAGGGGAACCUAAAAAGACACUAACAAAGAAAACAACAACACAGGCAGACGCCAUCUCAUUUCAAGGCACAGAGGAAUCAAAUGCUGUGCCAGGCAAUCAUGUUGCCAUUGUCAGCCAGUCCACUGCGAGUUCCUUACCAAGCACUCCAAAAAGGGGCAGGGGACGAAAGAGACGGACACAAGAAGCCCUCCUGACCUCCACACCAGUGCACAGCUCCUCCACUGACAUCCUGUCCAACAUCUCUGAGUCUCCUCAUGGAGCAAAUCAAGCGGAGCUAGAGUACACCGAAGUCAUCACGCAGUUAAAGACUUCAGAGGUAGACUCGCCACGCUGCAAAUCAAAAUCACAAAGCAGAAGUAGGAGUACACACGCCUCCCAGCCAAGACAGGUUAGAAAAGGGGUGACAAAGGAGCAAACACAGACCUGCAGUAAAACCAAUGGUCCUCCAGCCAAGCGAUGGAGAGGCAGGACGCGGAAAGUGGAGAAGGGCACAGAGGAAUCAAAUGCUGUGCCAGGCAAUCAUGCUGCCAUCGUCAGCCAGUCCACUGUCAGUUCCUCAUCAAGCACUCCAAAAAGGGGCAGGGGACGAAAGAGACGGACACAAGAAGCCCUCCUGACCUCCACACCAGUGCACAGCUCCUCCACUGACAUCCUGUCCAACAUCUCAGAGUCUCUGCAUGGAGCAAAUCAAGCAGAGCUAGAGUACACCGAAGUCAUCACACAGUUAAAGACAUCAGAGGUAGACUCACCACACUGCAAAUCAAAAUCACAAAGCAGAAGUAGGAGUACACACGCCUCCCAGCCAAGACAGGUUAGAAAAAGGGUGACAAAGGAGCAAACACAGACCUGCAGUAAAACCAACGGUCCUCUAGCCAAGCCCCGGAGAGGCAGGACGCGGAAAGUGGAGAAGGGGAAUUUACAGAAGGAUAGCACUACUCAGUCAUCUGAACGCUCUCGACCAAGAUUUGAACUGAAGACAGCUGACACAGCAGAGCAAGACGAGUCUUUGCUGUCUUCAGAUCUAUCGAUUGAGCUGAGCUGCCCUGAGGAACAGCUGCCAUCUUUGGACUUCCCAGAAGAUGAGGGAAGUGAUGAGGAGGAGGACGAGGACGAGGAGCUACCAAGUUUCUUGAUGCAGUCAGACAAAAAGCCCCCGUCCAUCACAGAGGGAGUGUUUGUCUGGCACAAAUUUAGACAUUAUCCAUUCUGGCCUGCAUUGGUAAAAAGUGUGCAUCGUAAACAGAAAAAAGCCAGCAUCAUGCUCAUUGAUGACCCAAUGAUUCACAAAAAGAAAGGGUUCACUGUGCCUCUGAAAACCCUGAAGCCAUUUGACUGUGAAGAAGCUGAUCAGCUGGUGUUAAAAGCCAAAGAAGAGUACGAUAGUGCCGUUGUGUGGUCGUUGGAGCUCAUAUCAGACUACAGAAUACGGAUCGCAUGUGGCUCAUUUUCUGGCUCCUUCCUCGAGUACUUUGCUCAUGACAUGAGCUAUCCAGUAAGGAGGACGUACCCGCAGGCAGCCUCAGAGAGACUCACCAUCACCACUGAUUUGAUGAUGGAGGCGCCGUGUGAUGAUCAUAAGGAGGACAGCUUUAGUGAACAGCAUGAGGAGGUCAGCAGAAGUUCGAAGAGGCUGCUGCCAGACCGGAGUCAUGCCGCCCACAACCGUGCCAAUGAGAAGCUUGUACAUUUCAUAGUAAAGCAGCGCAUGGUGGAAGGACGCCUUCUGGCUGUGAUCCGUGGGCAGCAGCAGUCCAGAUGGCUUUGCUCCUUCCUGAGUUCCCGACGGAGGCGGGUGGUGAACAUAUACCUGGAAGAUGACCAGCAGUUGGACCAGGUCUACUGGUACCUGAGUGAGCUCUACGCAACGGCUGUGGCCACUGCCCCCUGCCUGGCUGAGAUGAAAUCUAUAGAGCGUGUCCCCUUUGUCCUGGAUGUGCUUCUCCCUGAGGCCAUCAUCUACGCCAUAGCUGGGGUGGACAACGUCUCGGUAAAAAAGGCAGAGGAAAAGUACCUUAAAGGUCGAUGUAUAAGUCACAGGGAAAGACAGGAGUUUGACUUGAUGAUUGAGCAGCAGAUAAGGAAAAAGUCACAGCAUCAAAACACUUCACUUGUGAUCGUCUCUGACCCCAUCAGUUAGAAGACAGAGUAUUGUAAAACAGUAAAGUAUUUUUGUAUAUUUUUUUAUCUUUUUUUUUCUACAAAUGUAGCAGUAUUUGCUUGCCUUACAAUCACUGAUAAAUGGUCUUAAAAUAA